GUUCGAGACAGAACCUAGCAUAAUAUAUAUGCUGCUCUCUGCAGUUGCAAGACAUUGUCCUUGACUAAACUACACUGUAGGUUUCAUUAUAACCACUGCCAAAAAAAAAAUUGCUUGCUGAAACGAAAUGGAUUGGACAGAGCCGAUUCCAGCGUUGUUUGUCUUUAUCCUUAUGGUUUCCUUUGUUUUGAAACUGGGCAUUUUCUGGAACAAGAGCUCCCAAAAUCUUCCACCAGGACCAAGGCCUUUACCUCUCAUUGGGAAUCUCCACAUCAUGGAUCUGAAGAGGCCUUACAGAACCAUGUUAAAGUUGUCAAAGCAAUAUGGCCCUGUCUUCAGCAUCCAAAUGGGACCCCGGAAAACUGUGGUGUUGGCAGGAUAUGAGACCGUAAAGGAGGCUCUGGUUAAUCAGGCAGACGCAUUUGCAGACAGACCCAUCGUUCCAAUGUUUCAAGAGCUUUCGCAAGGCUUUGGUGUAGUUUUCUCUAAUGGUGAAAACUGGAAAGUGAUGCGGAGGUUUGCUUUAAGCACAUUACGGGACUACGGAAUGGGAAAGAGGACUAUACAGGACAGAAUUGUUGAGGAAUGCAGUGUACUGAUAAAGAAAUUUGAAUCUUACAAAGGAAACUCAUUUGAGACCACCACAAUUAUGAAUGCAGCUGUUGCCAAUAUUAUAGUGGCCAUACUACUUGACAAGCGAUUUGAUUAUGAAGAUCCCACAUACAUAAGACUUAUGAAGUUGGUCAAUGAAAAUUCCCAGCUCAUCGGAAGUUCUUCAGUCAUGCUGUAUAACAUGUUUCCUGCUCUUGGUUUUCUUUUGGGGGCUCGCAAGACUGUCCUUCGCAACAAAGAUGAGCUGUUUGCCUUCAUAAAUGCCACCUUCAUAAAGCACCUGCGAGAUCUGGAUGAAAAUGACCAGAGGAGCUUUAUUGACUCAUUUCUUAUCCAGCAGCAAGAGGAGGAGAAGAAGAAGAAGACGAAUGCAUAUUUUCACAACGAAAACUUAACAAGGGUUGUGGCCGACUUAUUUGGUGCUGGCAUGGAGACCACUUCUACCACAAUGCGCUGGGGACUGUUACUAAUGAUGAAAUAUCCUGAAAUUCAGAUAAAGGUCCAAGAAGAAAUUGCAAAGGUUGUUGGAUCUUCUCAGCCAAGGAUUGAACACCGAACAAAAAUGCCUUAUACAGAUGCCGUGGUCCAUGAGAUCCAGAGGUUUGCCAAUAUUGUCCCAACCAACCUGCCACAUGCCACGGCUACAGAUGUUACCCUCACUGGAUACUUCAUUCCAAAGGGGACAUACAUCAUACCAUUGCUGUCCUCUGUGUUGCACGAUGAAUCUCAAUGGGAGAAACCACAUAAAUUCUAUCCUGAGCAUUUUCUCAACUCUGAAGGAAAAUUCUUAAAGAGAGAUGCUUUCAUGCCUUUCUCCGCAGGACGGAGAGCAUGUGUAGGCGAGACUCUUGCCAAAAUGGAGCUCUUCCUCUUCUUCACAAGUCUCCUGCAGAGAUUCACCUUCCAGCCACCCCCUGGAACAUCUCAAGAAGACGUGGACCUUACUCCUGCUCUUGGGCUUACAGCAUCGCCCAUGCCCCACCAGCUCUGCGCUCUGCCACGUUUCUAAGAGUCACAAGUUCCUGGCUUGUUUGGUCUACCUGUGUGUGCAAUGCGAGUCUUUUUCUAAACACCCCUGUUCAACAAGGGUAUUUGGGUUGAGUAGCCUACGAGUAGAAUUGGUCCGUGUUUCAUCACAAACCUUAAGUGUUCCCCUUUAUCUGCCAUACUGCCGAAUCACAUGAAACUAGCAUUAGAGCAUCUCUUACUUAAAACCUGGCCCUGAGUUAGGUAUGCUUCGGUAUCUGAAUGAACUUUCUCUGAGAGUCUGGGUACCUUAAGGCUUCAGUCAUCAAUGGAAUUCUGACUGGUCAUAUCAAAAAUAAGAAUGGGGGAAAUGCGUCAAAUUCAAAAUCAAAAUUUACAUCUCCAAAAGAUGAAAAACUCAAAACCUUCUCUGCCCAGCUGGGAGGGAACUCUGGGAGGGAAGAGGGAACUAAUCCCUUUCACAAUGGAGACAAUGUGCUCACCAGGAAAUAGAAAAAAUGUCCGCUUUGAAUCUCUCUUCUCUCUUAAGAAAAUCUAGCCACACCCACUAAAUGUUUAUUUGUUUCUGUAUAUAUAUAUAAUUUUUAUUUAUUUUCCAUUUAAUAAUAUACGUUCACAUCAUUAAAAUCCACUUUACUUCUCUGGCUCUUUAGAGACUAUCAACUUCCUUCCCUCCUGCCUCAUGGCUUUCAAAAUUAACCUUUACACCAUUGCAUUUUGUACAUUUUCCAAUUCUAAUUACACUCAUUACAAAAUAACUCAAAAUCUAAAUAUAGAAAGAUAGAAAAUUUCUCAUUACAAGUCUCCAGACAACCCUGCUAGUGAUGUUAAUUGCUUACAAUAAUCUUUCAGUAUAAAUUUACUCCAGUCCUUUUGAAAUGAGAGGAUGCUCUGCUUACUUAUUGACCUUCCUUGCUCACAUUUUUGCAUGUCAUAUGCUCUAAUGUAUACAAAGAUAUACCCUAAUGCCGCCAUGUUAAACAGUUUCAAGAUGGAAAUGAAUAAAAACUAUGCUAAAAAGAAAAA